GGUGCAGUUACCAUCCCAUUGCUUGUUUUAAGGUCCAACGAGAGGAAGAUAAGUUUCACCAGCAAGUUCUAAGGUUUUUAGAUAAAAUCAGUCAAACAUCCGUGUAACACACACACUCAUGUACACAUUAUUCGUAUGUAGGUCGGAGGAAGUCGAAAAAGUUUGUUUUGGUUUUCGUGUGUGAGUGUGUAAAAAGUUGGGGGAAGAGGUACUCCCGUCUCCUUAUUUAAUAGAUGUUAUUUUGACUGGAGAACAUAUAUAUCUAGGUAAACUAGAUCAGUACCAUGUGUUAACUUCGCAGCUGAGACACUGAAGUCAACAACAACAAACUCUGAGAAAAAAAAAUAGUAAUACUAAUAAAACCAAAAAAGUUUUUGACCGAAUUUUAAGUCCGACAUUUGAAAUUCUGUCUCAGAACGAAACGACUGUGAAGUGGUGACUAUCGACAGUCGCUUCUUUAACAUUCCUUCAUCCUAUUCAUAUCGAUUUACGAUAUAUAUUCUAUAUAUUUUGGAAAACUAAAAUAAUUAUCAGACUUCGGGAAACGGAAAUUUAUCAGUUUGAGCUCAGAAAAGCAACGUGUUCAAUCGGCGAAGGACACCCAAAACAACAUGCGGUCUCAGACUAAAUGGGUACAUACACCUGAAUCCCUCUUGCAGGGCCAUAUAGCAUAUAAUGUCAAGUUCUUGGGUGAGAGCGAAGUCGAUCAACCAAAGGGCAUUGAAAUCGUGAAGGAUGUCAUCAGAAAGAUGAAGUUCAACAAACACAUUAAGAAGGCAGAAGGUCAGAAACCCCCCAAAGUAGAACUUACAAUAUCAGUCGAUGGAGUUACUAUACUGGACCCCAAAACAAAGAUCAUCUUACACCAGAAUCCUCUACAUCGUAUAUCCUACUGCGCCGAUGACAAAUCAGAUAAACGAAUGUUCACAUUCAUUGCCAAAGCCGCUGAUUCUAAUAAACAUUUUUGCUAUGUAUUUGACAGUGAAAAAUGUGCUAAAGAAAUAACCAUGACUGUUGGUCAGGCGUUUGAUUUAGCAUAUCGAAGAUUCGUGGAAACAACUGGCAAAGAUAUUGAUGUUCGUAAACAGUUCCUUCUUUUACAGAAAAAGGUGAAUACUCUACAACAAGAAAAUGAAACUUUAAAAAAGAGGAUUGUUGACCUGGAAAAUCUCAAAGACAAAUCUGAUGUGGAUUUCUACAAAAGUGCUAAUAAUAUUUUAAACCUUGGCACAGUGGGAACUGUUUCCAGUCCUACGGCUGUUACUUCAAACACUGGUGGCAUGAUUUCUCUGACUUCAAGCAGUACUUCUCCUCCGUAUAAUAAAGCACCUACCUCACCAACAGAUAUUUUUUCACCAUCCUCACCAACUGAUAUCUUUUCACCAUCCCCAGUUUCACACACAGUACGAAAGGAGGCUGGAUUGCAGGCAAACAGCAAGAAACAAACAAGCAAUGGUGAUUUCCUAAAUGACCCUUCACACAGAAGCAAUUCUCCUCCAAAACCUCUGUUACAACCUCCUCCUCCCGGAAAGGCUCGAUCCGCAUCAACUCCAAAUCCCAGACAAGUCACAUCAACACCACCAGUUGUUGUGAACCCUUUAAUUGCGGACAGUGGUGCCAGUUCUAACUCGGAUCCAUUUGGCAUGGGAGACUUUAACCCUUUUUCCACCCUGAAUACAAAAUCCAACCAAGACAUUGAUAUGGCCAUCAAUAAUGCUGACAAAGAAUUGCUUGACCUCCAGACUGGAUUCAGUCGAGGCUUGUGUUUCGGCGCCGAAGACUUCUCGCUUGACGAUCUGGACCCUCUCAAUCAAAAGUCUUAAUGAAGUACUCUAAAAUACAUAUUCAAUGACCAAACAAAAAAAAAAAAAAAU